GUACUGCAAUGGUGGAGUACUGGCAAGACCAUUCCAAAGACGGGUCCUUGGAGGAGAUGAUGCUGGACAACAACGCCGCGACGGUGGCCGAGGAGGAGCUUCCGGAAAUUCUCUCCUACAUCCCCGACGUCACGGGGAAAGACGUGGUGGAACUGGGAGCCGGAAUAGGACGAUUCACAAAGGAAUUGGCCAGAGAUGCAAAGUCGGUUCUAGCAGUCGAUUUUGUCGACAAGUUCAUAGAUAAAAACAAAGUGGAGACAUCAAAAUUUGGGAAUGUUGACCAUAAAUGUGUUGAUGUAACCCAACUAAAACUUCCAAAUAUGAGCGCUGACUUUGUCUUCUCCAACUGGUUGUUGAUGUAUCUACAAGACGAGGAGGUUAAGACUUUGAUCAAAGAAACACUUUCCUGGCUUCGAGAGGACGGAUACCUAUUCUGCAGAGAAUCUUGUUAUCAUCAAUCAGGCAACAAAGACAGGAACUCAAAUCCCACUAAAUACAGAGAGCCAGGAAUGUACGAGGCUUUGUUUACAUCCAUAGAAAUUCCAACAGAGAACAACGAGGAAGUGUACGGAUAUGAGUUGGUGCUACAAAAAUCUGUAGAUGCGUACUACAAGCUAAAGAAAAAUAAAAACCAAAUUGUGUGGUUAUUGCAAAAAGUUAGACGAACAAAGAGCUGCAAUCAUGGUUGUCGGACGUUCCAAGAAUUUUUAGACACAAAACAGUAUUCAAUGAACGGGAUCCUCAGAUAUGAAAAAAUCUUUGGGAGGACUUUCGUCAGCACAGGAGGGUUUGACACAACAAAGGAAUUUGUGGACAAGUUAAACCUACAAAAAGGUGAAGUGGUGCUAGAUGUUGGUUGUGGAAUUGGUGGAAGUGCUUUCUACAUGGUUAAAGAAUAUGGGAGCAAAGUUGUAGCAAUAGAUUUGUCUUCCAACAUGAUCAAGAUUGGCAUGGAGAGAGCAGAGGAGGUGGGCGUGUCGCUGCUAGAUGUUCAGUUUGAGGUAGCAGAUGCCACGAAAAGGGUGUACCCUGACGACUAUUUUGAUGUUGUGUACAGUCGGGAUACAAUUCUUCAUAUCAACGAUAAGCUGGGCCUGUUCAAAAGAUUCUAUAGGUGUUUGAAGCCAGGGGGUCGACUGUUGAUUUCGGACUAUGCAUGUAGCCCUGAUGAGCAUUCUGAACAGUUCAAGGCUUAUGUCAAACAACGAGGAUAUAAUCUACUUUCCCCGGAACAGUAUGGAAAGGUUUUAGAGGAAGCGGGUUUUGUCAAUGUAAAGGCAGACGACAGAACAGACCUAUUUGUUGAAUCACUGGAAAAAGAACUUACGAGAACUGAAAAAAUAAAAGAGGACUUCGUUAAGGAAUUUUCUCUUCAAGAUUACAAUGACAUUGUCGGGGGUUGGAAAGACAAACUAAAGAGAACAGCAGCCGGCGAUCAAAGAUGGGGAGUUUUCUACGCCGAAAAACCUGCUAACUGAGAUCUAAUUUGACCGUUUCUAUCUGCAAAUAUAUUAGAGAGUGUUAGAUCAGUUCUACCGUAGACUUCUAUAUACUGGAGUAAAGGACUCACUAACUUUUCAAAAUGAAAAAUCAAAUGUUGAAAAGUAGGCAAUGAAUAGAUUUUUUAUAUGAUUGUGCCAAAUAUUUCUAAUAUUUUCAGGUAUAAAGGGUCGAGGUUUACCUGAAAAAUUAUUUUACCGCAUCAUUCGGUGUGACAGGUGUAGAUAUAUAUAUAUAUAUAUAGUAUUGUUGUCUGUUGAGAUGCUUUGGUUAGUUGUAUUUUUUGUUUGUGUUUAUGUUAUAUGAUGCAUAUUGUAUCGUGACAGAACAUUUGCAAUACUUACAUUUGUUAAAGUUAGUACAUGUUGAGCGAAAAUAAAAUUUAAAAAAA